UUUUUCAUAAAACAUCAUCCGCCAUAUUGGCAUAUAGCCGUCAGUAUUUUCGCACGAAAAUACCUGAGUUUUUGUCAAAUAGUUUACGGAAAUCUUCAAAAAAGCAGUGAUUUUGUGAAGGCAAUGAGUAAAUCUGGUAAAAAAGACCAACAAGGUGACGGCGAAGAAUAUACCGUCGAGAAAAUCAUCGAUAAACGUGUUAACGCAAACGGUACCGUCGAAUAUUUAUUGAAAUGGAUUGGUUACGACGAUAAAGACAACACUUGGGAACCAGUUAAUCAUUUGGAUUGUCCCGGAUUGAUCGAGGCUUUUGAAACGGAACGGGCUAAACAAGACAAAGAGAGGGUUAAGAAACGAAAAAGUAUGAGUACUCCCACAAAUGAGGUUAGAAAAAAGAAGGUGGAGGAUAAAAAGCAAGGUUUCGAUCGGGGUUUGGAGCCAGAGAAGAUUAUUGGUGCUACGGAUAGUUCAGGACAAUUAAUGUUUUUAAUGAAAUGGGCCGGUACGGAUGAAGCUGAUUUAGUCGCGGCUAAACAGGCAAAUGUAAAAUGUCCGCAAGUAGUGAUAAAGUUCUAUGAGGAAAGAUUAACGUGGCAUUCACCCAACGCGGAGGAGGAUAAAAAUGAGAAAGCUUAAAAAUAAUUCUUUAAGAUAAUAUCUCUUGAUUUUUUUUUUCUAUUUUUUUGUUUAUUUAGGGUUAAAGUUGUAACACACAAACAGGAUGUAUCUAUUACGUUUACGAUUAAUGUUCUUACCGCCUAGAAUAAGGCUAAUAGAAAAAUUAUAAUAA